UCCUCAAGGUAAAAUGCAAGAAAAGUAUGAAUUUCCUAAACGUAUGAAACGUGUAUGUGUUAUUGGAGCUGGAGCAGCUGGUCUGAUAACCACAAAAAAUCUAAGAGACGAAGGACUUGAGGUUAAUGUGUACGAGCGAAACGCGCAACUCGGGGGAGUCUGGUGUUACUUUGAUAAACCAGAUGUAAGAUCGACUUUUCCACAAACUUCACCUUUUUUUGACACCUUACUGGAAGUUCCUUCAAUUCUACCCGCCAAAACCAUCCACGUUAGCAGCAAAAAUUCUCACGAUAAUAAAGUUCCUGAAGAGUAUGCAACCCCAUUGUAUAAAGACUUGCAUACCAAUUUUCCCCAUCAAUUAAUGAGCUUUGUAAACUCACCUUUUCCCGAAAACAUCCCAAUGUUUCCAAAUCACGCGAUAGUCUCAAAAUAUUUGAUAGAUUUUGCGAAAGAUCACGCGUUAAUAAAUUUAAUUGAAUUCCAAACUUCUGUAGAACGUGUCCGCGAAAAUGAAAGUAACGAUGGAUGGAAAGUUGUGUUACGCCAUUACGAGAAAAAAAAUGACUUGGAAAGUAAGAUUGAAUGUUAUUGGCGUGAAGAAGAAUUUGAUGCAGUUGUGGUGUGUAAUGGGCACUAUAAUGUACCAUAUGUGCCGGAAUUUGAAGGGCUGGAGGAGUGGAGUAAGCAAUUUCCUGACACUCUGUAUCAUUCAAAAUAUUUUCGAGAACCUAAUGAUUUUAUUGAUAAGACGGUGUUAGUUGUUGGUAGUAGCGCCUCAGGAACAGAUAUUAGUCGGAUAAUCGCGCGUAUCAACAAAAAAUCCGUAUACCAAUCUAUUCGUACUCCUUCGAUGUUUUCGGAAUUGAAUGAGAAAACCUCAAUAAUUAUUAAGCCUACAAUCAAAAGAUUCAUCAUCAUAAACGAUAGCUCUAGUAAAAAAGGUAUUAUCGAAUUUAUAGAUGGCAGUAUCUUGAGUGAUGUAGACGUGAUAAUAUUCGCAACUGGAUAUUUGUACAGUUUUCCAUUCCUUCGGGAUCUUUCAUACUCACCGUCUGUCGAUGGCAAUAGUAGUAACUUGCCUGAAAACAAAAUACUGUUAAAAAAUGGUAAACGCGUGUUUAAUAUAUAUAAACAGAUUUUUUAUAUUCCUAAUCCCACUUUGUCAUUUGUUGGUUUGCCAUAUAUGGUUGCACCAUUUCCCAUUUCACAAUUUCAAUCUCUUUUUAUUGCAAAAGUUCUCGCGGAAAAGGUUUUUCUUCCAUCUCAGGAUAAAAUGCGUCAAGAAUCCAAAGAAGAGGAGGAAUCGAAAAUCCUAGAAAUUGUGAAACAAGAUUCAAAAGUCUCGGAUGAGCUACCAUAUCUAAUGAAUCCCACAAAAACGGUAGAUAUUACGUUAAUAGAACGCCUGUUUCAUGGGUUAAGAACAGAAGAGCAUCAGUACAUUAAUGAUUUAAUAGAGUGGAUAAAUCAUGAUGCAAUUAUUGGAAAUACUGAUGAAAAUAUUGUUAAAAUAGAAAAGUUACCAUUAUGGAGAGUUGAGAUGCGACGUAAUUUACUUUCACUGAGGAAAGAGCAUUUAGAGCAUUUUCGAGAUUAA